AUGGGAAAACAUACAAAAUUUGACAAUAGUGAUGAGGAUUCGGAUGUAGUUGAAAGAAAGAGUCACAAAAAAGAAAAGAAAGAAAAAAAGGACGAAAAGAAAGACAAACGAGAUAGAAGCCGAUCCCCGCAUAAGGAACGAGAGGAAUCUCCGAAAACGGAUCGCCAUGGAGAAAAGGUAUUAUUAUUUUUUUUUGUUUGUCAAUCUGGGCUGGAAUCUGAAAGAGAAUGCGCAGUCGCCCACAUUGGAAAAGGUUUUGCGUUCACACAUGUAGAAACAUUUAGGAACGAUUCACGACGUCGAGAUGAAAAAUAUCACGGACGACGAUAUGAUUAUGAGAGAGGUGAUCGAAGAGACGAUAGAAACAACUGGAAAAGAGAAAGAAACGAUCGAAAUGACCGUCGGAGCGAUUUUUCAAGAAAAGACAACAAACCUCGUCUCUCUGCUGAAGAAGUCGCAGCUCAGCGGAAAGCUCUCUGGGGCAGCAAGAAAGCGACUCCGGAAUCAUCAGCGAGCGUUGAAUCCACUUCAACUUCAUCUGAAUCAAUUCCUGGUGGAAAAAAUGAGAAGUUAUGGUCAUCCGCAAUUGCUGCAACUGGAGUCGAUUCUUCGCAGGCCAAUAAGUUUAUGAGACUGAUGGGAGUGAAGAAUGCACCAAAACCCGCUGCGGACUCUUCAAAUCUAUCAGCAGAGAAACAUCGGCAGGAUAAAAUGCUCAAUGACCUAGAGAAGCAGUAUGCAGUAGCAAGAGAAACUACUCAUAUGGGACGUGGAACUGGCUUCGGAUUUGGACACUAA